GUUGAGGUGAGAUUUCCAAGCUACAGGCAUCGUCAUUCUCCCAUUGACCUCAUGACAGAUACACGGUCUGCCACUACUGAGGUACUAUCGUCGUUGCCGCCGUCGAAAGAUGAGAUCGACACCGUCGUGGCCACGCUCUCGACGCGUGGAAACUGGUCGACAAAGGAAUUGCUCUCGGACCGCACUUUCAUGGAUGGGUUUACCAUGAACCGCAAUUCGAUCCGACAAUCCUUAAGUAUGGCAGCCAAGUGGCGCAACGUCGGGUACAAUCCCUUCCAUCCAGAUGCAGACGGGUUCACAGCCCUUCACCGCGCCGCUAGCAAGGGCGAUGACGCGCUAGUAAAAGCGCUACUGUCAACCUACGAAGGUGACGUCCUAGACUUCGCCUCUACCGCGACAUCCAAGCAAGGUCAGACGGCACUGCACCUUGCAUGCAAGGGCGGCCACCACACCACCGCCAACGUUCUCCUCACGGCAGGCAAAUCUCUGUUAUCUUGCGUCGACCGUCACGGCAACACACCGCUCCAUUUCGCUGCAACGUCGUCGGCUCCCCAAGCGUUAGCCCUUCUUGAAUGGCUCAUCUCCUACGUUCCCCUUGACUACCUCUCCAAGCCCAACAACCAUGGCCUGAGUCCCGUCGCUGCCCACGUCGCCGUGACCACGAACGACUCGGCCUCCGUGCUUCGCCUCUUCCUCGAGCGCGACAUCGACCCGAACACCGUCGUCCGCGGCGAAAACACGUUGCUACAUGUGUGCGUGGACCGCAAGUUGUUCAACAUGGCAGGAUGUCUUGUAGAAUUCGGCGCCGCUCUCAACCUCCCCGACACCCGCGGCAUCCUCGUCACGGACUUGUUGCCCGACCGCGACUUGGCCGCGGUGGUCAAGUACGCCUCCCAGCCCCAGGAAUGGGUCAGCCUCAUCCGAAAGAAGUGCAUGUCGUGCACGUCCAAGUUCCAUCUCUUUCGUCGCCGCCACCAUUGCCGCCUGUGCGGUCGAGUGCUUUGCGGCGCCUGCACCAAGUACAAGCGGUCGCUCAACGACGCAGUGGCCGCCAAGGUGCGCGUGUGCCACGUGUGUGUGACAGUGACGCGGAGCCAGAAGGCUAAGUCGGGCAGCAUGACGGAUGUCACAACCGAAAGCGACGACGUAUCCAUUGCCAUGAUGGUGUAAUCGUUUCGUCGAGUAGGAUAUUUAUAAUCCGUUGAAUUAACUUAUUGCGUCUUUUCUUUACAGUAAUAAUGUUGGCACCGUUCCAACUUUAGUGACUUCAAGUUCGAUUUUUAGGGACGAGCGAUAGUGAUGGUCAAUGGGUUGUCCUUGGAUCCAUAGAUCCAUCAACAAACGAGAUCUUUAAACGUUGUCACACAUAAAC